ACACAAACUAUCGAUAUACCGAUAGUAUCGUCGAUAUAUUUCCACUUCUACGCAGAACAGCAACACUACUAUUGAGUGCGUGUCGUGUCGAUACGCGCUGUCACCUCAUUGCUGCGACUAUUGUUUGGUAUUCUUAUUGGACAGAUGAAGAACGAAAAGUCCAUAGCAAACUAAAUAUAAUAAUUUAACAAAAUAUAAUAUAUAAAAAUGGAUAAAAUAAGUGAAACUGAUGGAGAAAAUGCAACCACGAAUAUAUCGGAGCUGAACAUGACACCUAUCCUGUUAGCUGCUGUUUUGGGUUUCAUUAUAAUGGCGAUUAUAUUGAUAUUGCGGAGGCGUUCGCUGGGUCGUCGAGAUUUCCUUUUAACCGGUUUAACCGAGUCUGGGAAAAGCGCAAUAUUUAUGCAAAUCCUACAUAAUAAAUUUCCGAAUACUCUCACCUCUAUUACGGAAAAUUUGGGAGAAUACCGUUCUGGUCGCAUGUCCGGUCGUCUUAUCGACAUUCCUGGCCAUUAUAGAGUGCGGGAUAAAUGCUUUGAUCAGUACAAACGGUCUGCUAAAGGGAUAAUAUUUGUGGUGGAUUCUGUGACUGUACAAAAAGAAGUUCGAGACGUGGCUGACGCCCUUUACAGUGUGCUCACAGAUGCUUCUACCCAGUCUUGUCCGGUGUUGGUGCUUUGCAAUAAACAAGAUCUCAGCACGGCAAAAAGCGCACAUGUUAUAAGAAGCGUACUGGAAAAAGAAUUGAAUAUCGUACGGGUGACUCGUAGUCGUAAAUUACAAUCAGUGGGAGAGGAUGAUCCCUCUAAGUCUGUGUUUUUGGGUAAAGAUGGCAAGGAUUUUGAGUUUUCACACGUUCAGCAAAAUGUACAAUUCUUUGAAAGCUCCGCAAAGGAAAAUCAAUUAAAUAACUUAUCUGAUUGGAUAGAUAGAAUGCUGUGAAAUAAUUUUAAAUUAAUCAAAGGUUUCUGGGUGCGAUCAUCGAGAUUUUCGAUAAAAACUUCUCAUACCUUUAUCAUAUCUCAUAUGGAAUAGCGCAUUUGUAACGUUUCCCAUUCGCACAUUUUUAUUUAAAAUUCAAUGAAAUUAACAGAUCUUGUAUAAAGUAAGUUAUUUCCUAUAUUUUUAUGUACUUAUGUAUGUAUGUACGCGCGAAAUGAAA